AACUGCGCUUCUAUUGCCAUUUGGACAUUUUGCGUCCUGGAGGAGAGUUCUAUAGCCCAUUUCUUCCGUAGAGAUGUCCGGAUUUUUUUUGAACGUUUGCCAACUUGGUUUUUUUACCUACCUUGUGCUUUUUUCUUACAUUUCUGUAACCACUUCAGUGAGUUUUGAUUUAACCGAACUUGGAAAUAAAGUUGCGAAAAUUAAAGUUAAUCAAAGAGGGAAUCUUUGGGCGACAGGUCAUUUUAUGGGCAAGAAGAGUGUCAUGGAUAGCCCUCUGCUCCAGUCUCCCGAUGGACAGUCUGUGGAUGCGUUCGAGGUCGCCUUGAGUCCGGAGCAGAACGGGAUGGGAAAUCUCUUCCAAGAUGUGCUGAGGGUCGCGUUGCAAGCCCAACUCAGAGAUGACACAGAGAACCGCUCUAAAAACCAGGAGACUGGAUUGUUGAUGAAGAUAUUAGAGAGCUACAUUCAAAACAACAGAAAGUGAUGCAGAAGUCUAUCAUAAUGUUCCUUAUAACCAAGAUGAAGUCAUCCAGUCUAUGUCUAUAAAGGUUUUGGUCAAUAUGGAAUCAAAUCUCAUAUGCUUUAACAUGAUUGUAACAUGUCUGUUCAGUUUACAGUUGACCAAAAUGCUAUUUGCAAUGUCACCGGAUCUGAAAUGAAGGGUGAAUCAAAUGUACAUGUGUAUUUAUCAUUUUGAGGAUGUGCUGCAUUGUAUUGUUGAUAUUAAAUGAUUUAUAUUCAA